AUGCUACCUACCAGCACAGCCUCGAAAGGGGUCCGAACGGAUUUCAUCUUACUUGCAAACGACCAAGAAGUUGGUUGUGGGGAGAUCAAGCCUCCCGGUACCACCCCCCAGUUGGUCAAUGAGGAUCGGGUCCGAACAGCAGAAACACUUAAAAGACAACUGCAUGGCCGAAUCAUGAAGAGCAAAGACCAAAAGGAAUUUGUGACUUUUGGUAUGGUAUUCAACGGAUUCGAUAUUGAGUUAUAUCUUAUGGCAUUCGACGUUGAAGGCACCCCACCUUAUCAGCUUUAUAAAAUUGACAUCUUAAAACUCCCCAGCUCGCCUGCAUCAUAUACCAGUAUCGAAGAAACUAUUGAAAAUCUAUUAAGUUUCAAGGUAAAGUGCUCAAUUUAUAUAGG